AACGAUGGUGGAUGGCAGCAGGAGAUAUCCGAGUGGAGACACUGGCAAGAUUCGAGAAGGACGUGAAACAAACCGACACCGGGUUCCUGGCGAUAGCAACAGAGGUGGAGAAUGACGGAGAGAAAGCCUCGGAACCUCCAGAAAAAAUCAAGGACUUACUGAAGGAGUUCAAAGACAUUCUUCCCGGCGACCUCCCGGACGAACUACCGCCAUACCGAACGCACCAACACGAGAUCGUGGAGAAACCAAGUUCGAAACCGACCUUCCGAGCACCAUAUCGGCUAAGCCUCACAAAACUAGCCGACAUGAAGAAGCAGAUCGAGUAUCUCCUCGCCAAUGGACUCAUCCGACCAUCCACUUCGCCAUAUGGUGCCCCAGUACUCUUCACACCGAAACCGGACGGAAGCCCGCGCAUGUGCAUCGAUUACCAAGCUCUCAACAAGCAGACCAUCAAUAACAAAUACCCAAUUCAACGAAUCGAUGACAUGCUUGACUAGCUUCGGGGAGCCACGGUAUUUUCCAA